CCCGCCACCUGUUCGUCAUAGUAGUUCUGUCAGUUCAACUCAACAGUCUGUUUCUGCUUGGAUUUAUCAUAGGCUCUCGAAAUUAGUUCCUGUAUUUUUUUUGUAAUAUUGCAAUUUGUAUUUAUUUCUGGGAAAUGACCAUCACAAAUUUCUCAAUUGACUAUGAAUCCAUCAACAGCCAAAACAUCUUCACAAACGGAGAUACAAUCAAUGGAAGAAUCAUUGUGGAGGUCUCGAAAGAAACUUCAAUCCAAUCGCUAACCUUCAUCGGAAAAGGAAGUGCAAGGGUUCGCUGGCAUGAACGUCAUGGGAAACAUGAUCGUUUCUACUGGUCUAAUGAGGAAUAUUAUGAGAUCAAGCAACAUAUCUUGAAAGCCGACACUGAAUUUAUUGCCAAAGGAAGACAUGUGUUCCCCUUUUCCUUCAUGGUCCCUAACAGGAAAAUGCCAUCAUCGUUCAAGUCAACGAUUGGUAGAAUUGUUCAUAAGGUUAAAGCGGAGCUUAAACAAUCGAUGAAAUUGAAAUUGACCAAAAAAGCGAAAGCCCACUUCACAUUUGUCUCCAAAGCAGACAUGGAUAUACCUGGACUUAUGGAACCUCAGCAUGAUUGCACCGAUAAAAAAAUUUCAGUCUUUGGUUCCGGAACCAUUGCAAUGGAUGCGUACACAAAGAAAAUGGGUUACAAACCAGGUGAAGACCUCCAAGUCAAAGUUGAAAUUCAUAACCACGCGUCCCGUGACUUGAAGCCCAAAUUUGUAUUGUACGAAAAGCAGAGUUUCUUUGCUCAAGGUCGCAGGAGACUUCACACACAGGAUAUCGUUAAGGACAAACUUGACACUGUUGAUGCCCGUAGCAAAGAGACAGUGGAGAAAAGGAUUCGAAUCCCAACAAAUCUGCCUCCCUCCAUUCUGAACUCAGCCAUCAUCAAGCUGGAAUACAGGCUGAAGAUCUUUCUGGAUGUCAAAUAUGCAAUAGACCCGAAAAUCAAACUUCCGAUAGUUGUCCUACCUGCGUUUGAGUUUCCUGCAAGAAACCAACCUCCAGGUCCGGUUGUCUAUGGAUUUGAGGACUUUGGGAACAAAAAGCAACAGAGCUGGAGCGAAGCAACCCAACCUAUGGACCUCCCUCCACCAUAUGAAGCACAUGAUGUGUAUCCCAGCUUUAGUCGUUCUGAGAAAUAUGGAAGUUGAUCAUAAAUCUUUCAAAUAAAUUGGACCCAGAACGGUGCCAAAACAACACAACAAAUACAUCAAAGUAAAAAAAAAUUUGAUUAUCUUUUUUGGGUGGUGAAAAUUACCAUCGAACGAAAUUAUUUUCAUUUAUUAUAAUGCUAAAUCUGUAUUAAAGGAGAACUAAACCAUUUUUUCCAAGCACUUGUAAAAACACCCAGAUUAAUAUUGCAAUAAUGGAAUAAAUCAGAAUCAAAAUCUCAAAUUGGAGUUACAGAUAUCUACAAUUCCCUUGCAGAUAUCCGUAAUUCCCUAGCGAAUAUUGACGGCUGAAUAGCAAUCUGCAACUAGACUGUACAAUUCCUGGUUUAGACGAAUCACAAUUGUCUUCCACAUAUUUUGAUUGAAAUUGCUUCAAAAUGUGGCCAAUGACUGGUCAGGAAGUUGCUGUUGUUGUUGUUCUCUAUAAUGUUAAUUCCGGAUAGUCAAACUUACCUUUUAAAUGUUAAAUGCUAAAUCUUCACAAUUGAGCACGCUUUCAGCAACUAUCUUCAACCAUGUGUAAUGUAUUUAGAAACAAUUCUCUGAAUUGACGUUACAGGAACUUUACAGGUAAUUUGAGCAAAUGUGUUAUUUCGGAAGUCUGUAUCAAACUGAUAGCGCUUUGUAUUAAUUAGUACUAAAGAAGUAGCUCUCAAUUUCUGGCCGGUGACCGCUGGUGUAAAGCAUGGGCAGAGAAACAGAAAGUCAGUGUCUAUAAUUGACGAAAUAAGCCCGAUACAUUUGAUCAGUUGAUCAAUAGCGUGCAUUUUCAAAAAGGUUUGGUGGCUUGUGUCUUAGCAUGUUAGCUCCCAUCUAGUUAGCCCCCAGCUCGUUAGCGCUUUGCUAGUCAGUCAGUCCUCCGCGUCCUCACGCUCGCUGUUCUUUUGUUUGUGUGUGCGUGUGUGUUAUACUUUUAAAAUAAACUGUCAUAAUGUACUACAUAACAGCUGUGCUUUUGUAUUAGUUUUUGUUUGUUUGCUUUUUGUUUCCAAACGAUAGUAUGAUCCAUGAAUUUUGCCAAGCAACAAGCGCAAACCUGUCAUGUGAGCAACCUGUUCAAUUCUGUUUAUUUGCAGUCUUGCUGCACCCAUGAACUAGCUAAAAUGACUAUUUCAUAGUCGUAAAAUAUUAAAAUGGAUGAAUGAGUUCCAGAAACCCACAACAAAUCUGACUUAACAUCGUCAUGUUACAAUUUCUAUUUCAAGCGAGCUAAUGAGUAACUAAUGCUGUAUACUAAAAUGACACAUGCAUGUUAAUUAGUGAGCUCAAAUGGGGGAGGAAAAAAAAGUAUCCCACUGACAAAAGUAUGUAACUACAGGAGAAGGAACAUCCACAGUACAAAACUACAGUACGGUAUUUGAUUUCAAAGUAACCCAACCCUAAUUUUACAGCUUUUCUAAUUUGACAAAGAUGGUUUGUGCAUGAUUGUGAAAACAGAGAAAUGACAUCUUCCUCAUUUGGGGCUCAUCAUAAUUUAAAGGCAAAACUCAAACAACCAAGGAAGACCAAAAGAAGGGCUGACACCGAAUUCAUAUUCCUUCAAAAAGAAGGCAUGGAUAUCUCUGCACUUAUGGAACCUCAGCAUGAUCGCGUCCAGAAAAAUAUCAAGCUCUCUGGAACAGUAACAAUGGAUGUUUACACAGAAGAAAACGGUGUACAAACCAGCUUCACAAAUGGAACCAGCUUCAGAGGAAGAACCACUGUGAAUUUUUGGAAAAACCUACCCAUCUAAGGAGAUAAUUUAUAUCAUCAAAGAAGACAUAAUGAACACGGCUCCGGAUAUGAAACAACCAAUGACUUUAGAAGGAAUGUUUGAAACUGACUUCGCAUUGUAUCCAAAACAAGGCAUGGCUCCACUUACGGAACCUCAGCAUGCUCAGAUCCAGAAACAUGUCAAACGCUUUGGCUCCGGAUCGGUAACAAUGGAUGUUUUCACCGACAAGAUGGCCUACAAACCAGGUACAUGACAAUGCAUUUGUGAGCAUCAUAAACUUCACACAUUCUGGGCUCAUAAACAAAUAAUUUUUUUGGCCGUGUAGGUGAGGGUCUCCAAGUCAGAGUUAAAAUCAACAACCGAUCAGUUUGUGCAGUGACGCCCAAGUACAUAUUGUACAGAAAGCAAAGUCGGAUUUUCCCAGGUGGGAGGACAAUUGGCGUGUUUCCGAUCCUCAAGAGAAAUGCCAAGCCUGUUCACGCCCACAGCAACGAGACUAUCACCACUGUGAUCACCAUCCCAAGAGGGAUACCUCCCACCAUUUCAAUUGAGUCACCCAUUGAAAUUCAGUACAACUUGAAGGUAAACUAGACUGACAUUAUGUCAUUAUAAAUGACAUUAUAAAUGACAUCAUAAAUUCUGUGAGCCUGUUUUUAUGGUUAGAGAAGUGGUGUUUUUAAAUGGGAAAAAAAAGGUGUGCCACCAACGACAAGUAGUUUUGACCAUGCUUUCCUUAAUCUGAACAGUGGCAUGGUCACUUGUUACCGGGCAAACUCCAUCCUGCUGCAUUCCUAUUGGAUGAUUAAAAAUUGCUGUGUGCCAGACAAGCCAACGACGCUGUUUGACUGAGCCAGCAAGAAAGUCAGGCACACACACGCAAACACUUUCCUCCCAAACAGCACUGUAAGGAUUAUGAGAGAAUUUAUUUUCACGCUUUUGAAUUGAAAUCGACAAUUUGACGAACAGAUAUCUGACAUCUGCGCUCAUGAAGAUGUUGGACCCACACGAAGAGCGUCACAGAACAGCUGCUGGACCCUUGACAGUUUCCCUACAGGUCAGUGGAUGAUGUGGUCAGUGUGGAGUUACCCUUCCUCUUGGGAUUUACACCAGGAUCCUUUUCUUAGACUGCGCUCUACGCCAUCAUCCCAGAACUCUUCUUCUCCUAGCAUCUCCUACUCAGCGUUUCUGCUGUCACUGGCAGUGGGUUCAUUGCUUCCUGACAGGCAGCACACAGCAAGGGAGACUCGGGCAAACCACCUCAUCCACAUGGUGAUGAGUCUGCAUAUCAAUGCAUGCAUGUGGAACGGCUAGCUAGCACAACCUGGAGUUGAACACGCUUAACAAUGUAGCGUUUCAAGUUCCUGGGAACUAGAAUCUCUCAGGACCUGAAAUGGAAGUCGAUCAUCAACCCCCACGAAUCUGGAAAUGGGAGCUUGUUAAAACCUUUUCAUCGAAAUGUGUAUAUGUCAAAGCAAAAGUAAUUGGAAUAGUUUUCUUUUUUUUCAUGACUCAAUCUCACCAUGUUUGCACAUUAUGUAUGAAAAAAAAACAUUUCAACUUAUUAUCUUUUUGUUGUAUUUCUUCAGGUCUGGCUGGAUAUGACUGGCUCAAACUUCACAUACCUCACACUGCCAAUACUUAUCUUAUCCAACAGUUUACAUUCUGCCAAACAACGAACCCAACAACAACAAUUGCCAGAUGAUUUCACUUUGGAAGUUGCUGUUUUUCCAAAACCAAACCAGCAAAUGCCGAAGGCUGGAAAACGAUCACCAAAACCCCGGUCUAUGGACUACCCUCCUAACUACUAAAAUAAUGCAAAAGGGAAGCCAUUGCUCUUUGUUGCUUAACCUUUGCAUGGGAUUCACAUAAUGGCAAGAAAUUGCAUCCAAGCAUCUUGUAUAUAAGCCCUUUCAAACUUGCACGUAGGUGGCAAUUGUUAGUAGCCGAUUCAAUUCUGUGUAUAUCCAAGCAAACAAAUGGCAACACGAUAGAUGUAUGUCGAUAUGUGCACUAUAUUUAUAUAUUUACAUAUUUAUAUAUAUAUAUAUAUAUAUAUAUAUUUAUUUAUACUAGUGUGUACAACCUAGAGCAAUGAUUCUCAAAGUGUGGUACGAGUAGAGGUACCAGUACGUGGAAGAAUCACUGUCCAAGUACGAGUUCAGUUUAACUUUUAAAUUGAAUAUUUUUGCAUUUCAUCUGUGAGAAUUGUUUUGUUUUGUUUUUAAACCUUUAUUUGGGUACAUUUUUAUUUAACGUUUGACUUUCAUGAAAUAGAUUUUAAUUGAAACAUUAUUUAAGAGCAUUUUUUUUAUUUUCCUAAAUUUAAGUGUGGUGUAUAAUUUUUAUGAAUAAGACCGCGGUGUUGUUUUUGAUGAAUGCACAUUCUACUCCACUGUAUUUGAAUGUUAGUUAUGAUGGUGAUACUUCGAGAGCGAUGUAUUGUUUUAGGUCGUAAAAAAAAAAAGUUUGGCCACCACUGACCUUGACAAAUGGUACUUACAGCUACAAAAUGUGUUGGACAUGCUGAAAUAAAUAAAAUCUGAUUAUUCAUCCUUUUUUAAACUGUA